AUGAGUCGAAGCGCUGUGCGGUUCCGAUGGCAAUCUCAACCUAAUCAAAUUCAUGAACUUCUCAAGCUCGUCGACUCGAAUCCCUUAUAUCGCCAAACACUGUUUCCAGGCGAUGCGCUGGCAGUAACCGACAGUCGCUAUCGCACAACUCGCGACAUUGCUAUCGAAUUUUUCAAAGAUAACCUCUGGAUCAGAGACGCUGAGAGGAGAGGUAUUGUGAUUAGAAGGGAUGGGAAAUGGGAAGCUACAGCUCUCUGGCACGCCAAAGUCACCAACCCGGUAUCAACUCUGGUAAAUGAUCUCAAGUCUAAGUGGGAGAAGAAGGAGUAUCAGAAGAAAUACAAUAUCGACCGCAAGUGGAAGAGCUGGACGGAUAUUACCGACGAAAAGCUCCGGAAGAAGCUACAGAAAGAGUUCCCUUAUUACUUCCUCUUGAGGCGUCUUUGUCGACCAGGCAACAGCAAUCUUAUCUUACCCCCCAACCCUUCACCUCUCCCUCCACAAUCGAGACGAAAGCGGAGACGGACACGAUCGGAAUCUGCCCGUAAAUCCUCUUCAGAGUCUGGCAGCGACAGCGACCAAGAUCUUUCCUCCCGAGCUUCCUCGCCUCCUCCACCCAUAUCGACCACCUCAAGGGCGUCUUCCUCGGCUAUCAGACAUAGGCCGGUCAAACGACAAAGUUCUAGCCCUGAGGUGCAGGUCCAGCGACAUCGUAGAUCAAGAGUUGCCCUUCCCACUCCUGCCGACUCCUCAAGCGAACACGAAUCAGACUUCUCUCCAGUGGAAAUACCCACACCUGCGUUGCGUCGUCCUUCUGGUGUCACUCGGCCAACAGUCAGCGCUGCUGAAUCGUCGACUUCGCUGAGAGGCAAUGGUCAAUUACGGAAGUCUGCAAGACCUAGUUGGGCGACAGCCCAAUCUUCUGAUUCUAUCUCCGACUCUGACAGCGUGAUGUCAGUCGAUGUCAAACCAAACACCAUACCAGACACACAUAAGGUGGAUCCACCCCCUAACAAAGCGUGUGCCACCAUCGAUUCGAAGCCGGACACCUCAUCUCUAGAGUUCCAACUCUCUCCAUCCCGACCACAAGCUUAUCCACUCGAAGACCGCAAGCCUGUCAUGCUUAGCGUACCUGGAAGUCUCGCGGUAGCUGGUUCUCAGCCGACCAAGAAACGCAGACUUUCUGCGACUUCCCAGCCUAAAGUGAAGGUCGAGCCCCCAGCAUCAGUAGCGAGGGCAUCUCGUGUGAAUCGAGGAGGUCGAAUUAGUGAUCCCAUCGAAGUCGACUCCUCGUCUAUCCAUGUCAGUGAUAGCGAAUACCCGAGCCACACCGAGGAGGAGAGUGAACCGGAGAGUAUGACGGAUCAAACAGACGCAGGGUCCAGCGACAACUCUGAAGGAUAUAUAUCCCCAGACAUUGAGAUGGAGAUACCUUCGAGCUCUAGAACUCGCGGUCCCAUCUCCUCGCCUUUGCCACGGAGCAAAACUCCUGAACAACUCGAAAAUUGGAAUCACCUUCUCUGCAAGCUGGAUGUGGCUCGUGACCGCUGCCUUACGCAGGAGGACCUUGACGCUGAGGAGACUGGGCGCUUCAGGGAGAUCGAGCAAUCUUGGGAAAGGGAGAGAUUCAUUCGGAGCGCGCAGUUUCCUGAGGGCACUGGUGUCUUUGACGAGUUGAUGGACAGAGAUUGCUUCUCGGUCCCUACAAACGUAUGUGUAUGCCCGCUGAAUCACGUCGUAGAGGAUGACAUCGUAAUCUUAAGAAGGCUUGGCGUAUCAACGGCAGAGCAGGUCAAAAUGACGGGAUUGAGAGUAAUCAGCGCACGUUUCAAAAGAUCCGGAGCCUUUUGA